CCUCCCACUUGGUGGCCUACUGGAUCGCCGAGUUCACCCACGACCAAGCGCAGCGGAUUGACAAGUACCUCUUUCACAUGCGGCUUCCAGAUGACACUCUGCAGGAGAUCUCAAAUCGGUUCCGGAAAGACAUGGAAAAGGGCCUCGCAGAAGACACCAACCCUACAGCUGCUGUCAAAAUGCUGCCGACGUUUGUGCGGUCCACCCCUGAUGGAACAGAAGAAGGAGACUUCUUGGCCUUAGACCUCGGUGGCACAAAUUUUCGGGUGCUGAGAGUCAAGGUGGCCGAUAAUGGCAGCAAGAAAGUUGAAAUGGAGAACCAGAUCUAUGCUAUUCCGGAGGAUCUUAUGAGGAGCAGUGGAGUACAGCUCUUUGACCACAUUGCUGAAUGCUUGGCCAACUUCAUGGAGAAGCUGGAAAUGAAGGACAAGAAGCUGCCGCUGGGCUUCACCUUCUCCUUCCCCUGCUACCAGACCAAACUGGACGAGAGCGUCCUUGUUACGUGGACCAAAGGAUUCAAGUCCAGUGGUGUGGAAGGGAAAGACGUGGUUUCAUUGUUACGGCAAGCCAUUAAAAAACGAGGGGACUUUGACAUAGAUGUCGUUGCUGUGGUGAACGACACCGUUGGGACCAUGAUGACCUGCGGCUACGAUGAUCCCAACUGUGAAGUUGGACUUAUUGUGGGCACUGGUUCCAACGCGUGUUAUAUGGAGGAAAUGCGGCACAUUGAGUUGGUGGAGGGCGACGAGGGGCGCAUGUGCAUCAACAUGGAGUGGGGCGCCUUUGGAGACGACGGGGCCCUGAACGACAUCCGGACGGAGUUUGACCGGGACAUUGACAUGGGCUCGCUGAACCCCGGCAAGCAACUGUUUGAGAAGAUGAUCAGCGGCAUGUACAUGGGCGAGCUGGUCAGGCUCAUCCUGGUGAAGAUGGCCAAGCAGGGGCUGCUGUUCCACGGGAGGCCCACCCCGGAACUGUUGACCAUGGGGUGCUUUGAGACCAGAUACGUCUCUGCCAUUGAGAAGGAGAACGAAGGGCUGCUGAAAGCCGAGGAGAUCCUGGUGAAGCUGGGCCUGGAGCCGUCCCACGAAGACUGCGUGGCCACCCGGCGCGUCUGCGAGAUCGUCUCCACCCGCUCGGCAAGCCUCUGCGGUGCCGCCCUGGCUGCCGUGCUGCGCCGCAUCAAGGAGAACAAGGGCGUGGACCAGAUGCGCUCCACUGUUGGCGUGGACGGCACGGUGUAUAAGAAGCAUCCCUAUUUUGCCCGGCGCCUUCACAAGACGGUGCGGCGCCUGCUGCCCGACUGCGACAUCCGAUUCAUCCGGUCGGAGGACGGGAGCGGCAAGGGGGCGGCCAUGGUCACCGCGGUGGCCUACCGGCUAGCGGCCCAGCACAAGGCCCGGCAGGAGAUCCUGGACCCCCUGCGGCUCAGCCACGAUCAGCUGCUGGAGGUCAAGAAGCGGAUGAGGCAGGAGAUGGCGAGGGGCCUGGCCCGGGAGAGCCACGGCCAGGCCACGGUGAAGAUGCUGCCCACGUACGUGUGCUCCACCCCGGAUGGAAAAGAAAACGGGGACUUCCUUGCCUUGGACCUCGGGGGCACCAACUUCCGCGUGCUGCUCGUGCGCAUUCGCAAUGGGAUGCGGCGCACGGUGGAGAUGCACAACAAGAUCUACUCGAUCCCCCAGGAUAUCAUGCAGGGGACGGGAGACGAGCUCUUCGAUCACAUUGUCCACUGCAUUUCCGACUUCCUGGAGUACAUGGGGAUGAAGGGGGUGUCGCUUCCUCUCGGAUUCACCUUCUCUUUCCCCUGCCACCAGAAGAACCUGGACGAGGGCAUCCUCCUGAAAUGGACCAAAGGGUUCAGUGCUACCGGUUGUGAAGGAGAAGACGUGGUGGGCCUGCUGAAAGAUGCCAUCCACAGGAGAGAGGAAUUUGACCUGGAUGUCGUUGCUCUAGUGAACGACACUGUGGGCACCAUGAUGACCUGUGGGUAUGAAGACCCUCUUUGUGAAGUUGGGCUCAUUGUUGGAACAGGCAGCAACGCCUGCUACAUGGAGGAGAUGCAGAACGUGGAGCUGGUGGAAGGAGACCAGGGCAGGAUGUGCAUCAACAUGGAGUGGGGCGCCUUCGGUGACAGCGGCUGCUUGGAUGAUUUCCGGACGGCCUUUGAUGCUGCGGUGGAUGAAAACUCUCUCAACCCUGGGAAGCAAAGGUUCGAAAAAAUGAUCAGUGGGAUGUAUUUGGGCGAGAUCGUCCGGACUAUCCUGAUUGACUUCACCAGGCGAGGGCUGCUGUUCCGCAGGCGGAUCUCCGAACGGCUGAAGACGAGAGGAAUCUUUGAGACAAAGUUCCUUUCUCAGAUUGAAAGCGACCGCCUAGCCCUGCUUCAGGUGCGCUCCAUCCUGCAGCACCUCGGCCUGGACAGCACCUGUGACGACAGCAUCAUAGUGAAGGAGGUGUGCACGGUGAUUGCCCGGCGUGCGGCCCAGCUUUGCGGGGCAGGGAUAGCGGCUGUGGUGGAUAAAAUCCGAGAGAACCGUGGGCUGGACUCCCUCAAGCUCACCGUCGGUGUGGACGGGACCCUCUACAAGCUCCAUCCUCACUUCUCCACCGUCAUGGCUGAAACAGUGAAGCAGCUUUCUCCGAAAUGUGAAGUGACCUUCCUCCAGUCUGAAGAUGGCAGCGGCAAAGGUGCGGCCCUCAUCACCGCCGUGGCUUGCCGAAUCCGAGAGGCUGGCCAGCACUAAAGGACAGGUGCCCAAGAUGCCCCAGCCCUGGACCUGCCCCCGCCCCUCUUGGCCACCACCGGUGGACGCCUCGCCUCCCGUUUUCUCCAAAGACGCCACCGCUGAGACCCACGGGGCUGCGGCUCCUGUACCCACAGCAUUCCUCCAACUCUUCUGCCGCAUGCUGUGUGCAGACAUAUCGCGUCAGUGAAGCUUAACGUUCUGUUUUCAGCGCUCCCGUCCCUCUGGUUCAAAGCCGAUCUCUCUUAGGCGCUCAGUGUCAGAUGUAGCCCACCCCCAGCCUAGCCCGGGUCUUCCGUAGAAAUGGUGAACAAUUAAUACGCUGCUACGCUGUCACUGUCUAUGUCCAAACCUUAGUAUUAGCACAAACAGAAAAAU